AUGUCUGAGAAACAAGCCUAUUCGCCUGUGGUGCAGCCGACGCGGCCUCGGAAUCCCUCGCGGUCUGCCUGGCAGUACGGGAGUGCGAUUGCUCUCUGCCUCGGCAUUUACACCCUGUUGCAGGCAGCUGCAAUACCGCAGUACGAGGAAGUCGAGCAAUGCUCCAUUCGAAACCUCCACGAGACGGGAUACUAUUUUCUCAACACAGCUGCGCCCAUCUCCGUUGAUGCAUUUGAGGAGCGUCGCAACCGUCUCGCGCGGGCUCUGCUCGCCGAUGGGGCGGACGCCUUUGUGGUCGAGCCUGGGUACACGUUCAAGUACUUUGCGAUCGUCAGUCAACUCGAAUGGGAGGUCUGGGAGGUAGGUCUGUACCCCGGAUUGACGGAGAAUGAGAUCGCCACGGUGUUGGAUAAUACCCUCCGGUCGGCGGGGAUGGAGCCCUUCUUUGAUAUUGUCUUGUUUGACGAGAACGCUGCCAAUCCGCACGGCGGGACCAAUGGCUCGAAGGUGCUCGAGCCGGAGACAGCCCACCUCAUCGGGUACUCGUCCGACAUCUGCCGCAGCUUCUUCCCGCCGUUUCUCGAGCAGCCGCCUCCGGAUGCUGUGCCCGCGCAUUUGCGCGAGACGCUGGAGGUCUGGGAUACCGUCUGCGAAGCCCAGACGCAAUCCAUCACACGAUUCCAGGUCGACUCGAGCGCCGCCAGCAUCGACAUCGCAGCGCGCAAUGUCAUCACCGAAGCCGGAUACGGCGAUGCGUUCAUCCACCGCGUGGGCCACGGGAUCGGCAUCAAAGAUGAGUCACAGGAAAUCCCAAGCCCCUACCUGAACAAAGGCAACCACGGCACCCCCCUCAAGGCCGGGAUGACCUUCACUUCCGAGCCGGGCGUGUACCUGGUUGAUCGGUUUGGGGUGCGUCAUGAGGAUAUCUUUCUCGUCCGGGACGGGGAAGAGGCGGAGCUGUUGACUGGGCAGCGGGCGAAGGGGGCGUGGGAUCCAUGA